UAUAGAAGGAUUACAUAUAUGAAUUUAUCUAUGUGUUAACCUCAAACUUUCUGUAUUUAACCAUUGGUGAAAUGCAUUUUUUACAAUUGUUUCCAAAAAAAUAUAAUAGAGAAUAAAAUGAUUCAUCUAGUUACAAAACUCUCAAUACAUGAACGUAUUACUAAAAUUGCCCGGAAAUUACAUACAGUUAAUGGAAAUCAAAACAAGGAAAGUCAUUUUGUGACUGUUUAUAAAUUUCCAUAUAUAAGGCCUUUAGCUGCAGUUAAUAGAUUGAAAAUACUGCAAACAGUUUUGACCGGUGUUAGUAUACCAUGCACAUUGUCAUUAAAUUUGAUGAACUUUGUUAGUUUUGAAGCUGUGCAAGUCGUUUCUGCAUUAGGAAUAUCUGGAUGUGUAACUUUUUAUGGCUUGGGAUUUGUUACAAGGAAAUUUGUAGGAUUCAUCUAUUAUAAUGAAGAAAAAAACCUAGUCAAAGUUGCAUAUAUUGACUUUUGGGGUAAAAGACAAGAUAUUGUAAUACCAUCAGCAGAUAUUAUACCCAGAGAAGAAAUACCCAGAUCAAUAACUGAUAUGAUUUAUACAAAAUUAAGAAGAUAUUCAACAGAUGAAUAUUUGAAAUAUAAUAUUAGAUUUGCUAAUAUUGUCGAUCAAAAAAUAUUUGAUAAAAUACUUUAAAUAGCAUUGAAUUAUUUGCCCUUAGAAGGUUUAUAUGAUUUUGUAGUUGAAAAAUCUUAUCUUUUAUAUUUAGAUGUAAACUUUAGGAAAUAAUCUCUUGAAGUGAUUAAAAAUAACACAAAUGAGACAUAAUCUUCACUUACCUCCAAAAUUACCAUGUAUUUAUAUGAGAUGAGACAGAUGGUGACACAAAAUGAAAUAUCCUAACAUUGUGAUCACUCUUAUUCACCUUUUAAAAGGUUAGUAUUUCAUGUACUUAGUUUUAAUGAAAUGUUUAUGUACACUAUUCAGAAUUGUUAUUUAUAAUGUUUAUCAUACCAAAUUUUGGUAAAAUUAACAAAGAAACACUUAAAUACUGAAUAAUAAUGAGGGGAUGAUUAUAGAGUAUUAUGUGUGCAUUAAGACUGAACUAUUUAUAGUAUUGUAGAAGUUAAAGUAGAUUAACCUGUAGGUGAUACAAUGUUUGGUACCACUUCAACCCUCUCUAUAUGCUACAUCUGUCCUGUCUCAAUAGCAAGAUCAGGAUAUUUAUAUUUGUUUAGAAUGUUUUCAGCACACCAAUGUCCACAAGGUCGGCAUUCUUCUCUACAUCAAAUUAUUGUUCAAUUACCUUUAUAUAUAGAAAUGUAAUGCAACAUAUCACAUUAAAUAAUAUCAUUAAUCUUUAUUUUAUAAUUAUUCAUCAGUAUACUUCACAUAUCUCUUCCAAGUAUUCCUAUAUUGUCUUAUCUAAUCUCUGUCCACUGGAGUCUCUUUUUUUCUAACUCUUCUCACACUUUCACUGUCCAAUUAGUUUCUACAAUAGCAUGAGAGUGACACUCCUGGUUUAGUACUAGUGGAAAUUGGGUGGGAUUCAAAGAGUGUUUAAGAUAAUGUUUGUACACACACAAGUCUUAGACUUUGGCUCUUCGGCAUCAUUUCCUUAUUAUUUGUAAUAAUAGUUUGAAUAAUCGAAAAAUAUGUAGCAUUUCAAUGAGUAGUUAUGGAAUUGACUUGGGUGCUUGCCAAAAUGUUUCUAGCAUUUUUUAUCUAUCUAUCCUUCUUCCAUAGCUAAUCGACUAUAUUGUCUGUAACAUACUUUGACGACCACACUAGGUUCGUUGAAGGGUUGC